CGCGCUGCCGACCCACUUCCGGAGUGCGCGGAAGACAUGGCGGCGCCCGAGGAGUGUGAUUCUGCGACUGAAGCGCCUCAGCCGGCCGCCCAGGAGGAGGAAACAAAAACGUUUAAAGAUCUGGGUGUAACAGAUGUGUUGUGUGAGGCCUGUGACCAGUUGGGAUGGACAAAGCCCACAAAGAUCCAGAUUGAAGCUAUUCCUUUGGCCUUACAAGGUCGUGAUAUCAUCGGGCUGGCAGAAACUGGCUCUGGAAAAACAGGGGCUUUCGCCUUGCCCAUUCUGAAUGCGCUGCUGGAGACGCCCCAGCGUUUGUUUGCCUUGGUUCUCACGCCCACUCGAGAGUUGGCCUUUCAGAUCUCGGAGCAGUUUGAGGCCCUGGGGUCUUCUAUUGGUGUGCAAAGUGCUGUGAUUGUAGGUGGAAUUGAUUCAAUGUCCCAAUCUCUGGCUCUGGCGAAAAAACCACACGUGAUAAUAGCAACUCCUGGUCGAUUGAUUGACCACUUGGAAAAUACAAAAGGUUUCAACUUAAGAGCUCUCAAGUACUUGGUCAUGGAUGAAGCAGACCGAAUAUUGAAUAUGGAUUUUGAGACAGAAGUUGACAAGAUCCUCAAAGUGAUUCCCCGAGAUCGGAAAACAUUUCUCUUUUCUGCUACCAUGACCAAGAAGGUGCAAAAACUUCAGCGAGCAGCGCUGAAGAAUCCUGUGAAAUGUGCUGUUUCUUCCAAAUACCAGACAGUUGAGAAAUUACAGCAAUAUUAUCUUUUUAUUCCCUCUAAAUUCAAGGAUACCUACCUGGUUUAUAUUCUAAAUGAAUUGGCUGGAAACUCCUUUAUGAUAUUCUGCAGCACCUGUAACAAUACUCAGAGAACAGCUUUGCUACUCCGAAACCUCGGAUUCACUGCCAUCCCCCUCCAUGGACAGAUGAGUCAGAGCAAACGCCUAGGAUCCCUUAAUAAAUUUAAGGCCAAGGCUCGUUCUAUUCUUCUAGCAACUGAUGUUGCAAGCCGAGGUUUGGACAUACCUCAUGUGGAUGUAGUUGUUAACUUUGACAUUCCUACCCAUUCCAAGGAUUAUAUCCAUCGAGUAGGUCGAACUGCUCGAGCUGGGCGUUCCGGAAAGGCUAUUACCUUUGUCACACAGUAUGAUGUGGAACUCUUCCAGCGUAUAGAACACUUAAUUGGGAAGAAAUUGCCUGUCUUUCCAACACAGGAUGAUGAGGUUAUGAUGCUGACAGAACGUGUGACCGAAGCCCAGAGAUUUGCCCGCAUGGAGUUAAGGGAGCAUGGAGAGAAGAAGAAACGCACACGGGAGGAUGCUGGGGACAACGAUGACACAGAAGGUGCUAUGGGUGUCAGGAACAAGGUGGCUGGAGGAAAAAUGAAGAAACGGAAAGGCCGUUAAUUCUCUUAUGAAGACUCAAUUUCAGCCUUCUGUUCCUUAAAAGGGGAUUAUAGAAGAGAAUGAAACCUCCUUGGUCAGAGUUCCUUAGAUCGGAAUCUGUCAGAAUGAUGUCCAGAACCUCCUCUAACUCAGUACUUGGUCCCCUUCUAUAGAGCUCCAUGACUGCAGACUGACUUUUCCAGUGCUGAGGUCCGCUUUGGGUCCUUGGUCAUGACCUGAGUAGGCUGUGCUCUUCUGUCACUUCACACAGACCUUUGCUUUUUUAGCUACAGGUCAAGGACUAGGUUGAUGAAGCGCUGGACCUGUUGUUAUAAAGGGAAGAUGCUCCUACGUCUGUAAAAUGGUGAUCCUUUAGCAGUCUCAGCUUGCGCUUCAUUAAACCUAAUGUGGAAUAAUAAAUUUAAAUAUUAUUUUUAAAAGAUUCAGUACUCCUUGAAGUCUUUUAUAAGCUGAGGGACUUUAGAGAUUUAAGUAAGCUCUUACUAAUAAGUAAGAAACUGGCAGUGGCAAUUAUGUGGCAGAUUCAUUGCUCAUUCUUAAUUAAGAUAAAUAUUUAUGAUUAAAAAAAAAUCUACAAAUGAACAAGAUGAUGGAUGGCUUUGAAAGGAAAGUCUUGGUUGUGUUUUUCUUGGUGAUGGACCAAAGUUCAUAAGUAAGACAACAGAGUCUGUUAGAUCACUGAAUAGAUUCACUUCCCUGGCUUCUUGGAUUAAACACUUGGAUAGGAAGACUGGUUUCUUAUAUAAUAGACUCUUAUUCCCAGGUAACUAGAGUAAAAUCAGGAAGCAUCAGAAAUACAGGGUAAUUCCAAGACCCAGUUUCACCCCCUUGUCAUGGAGGCUCACUGGCUAAUACCCUUUCUUUUGUCUCCAUCUGCUGGGUGAUGAAAUUCAGGAGAAGUAAAGCUGGACCAUCAGCUCCUGGAGAGAAAAUAGACUGUGGCUCUGUAGGGACUGGGUGGGGAGAGUUGAUGGAAUAUAGAAACAACUAUGGGCUUCACGGCCGUGAACAGUGUUUUGCUCUUUUAAAUCAGAAGAUGCCUAAUCAUUUUUGUCAAAUGUAACAAGUUUAUUAGAAGAGGAUGUGUCUGGAGUGGCAGAACCAGAGUGAAGAGUUUCCAGUAAUUUAAGAUUGAGAAUGAGUUUUGGCAGAAGAGAAACUUUCCAU